AUGUCUUCAGAUCAGCCAUACGAGUCUCCUCCCUCCCCACCUUCUCAAACACGACCUCCUCGACAGCAUCAACGAAACUCAUCUGAUGCCUCCUCUUCCAUAAGCCGCCCGGCCGCCGAUUCGCGCCAAAGUGCCUUUCCCUACUCCUUCAUCCGAGCCCACCAAGCCAAUCUCUCCUCUACGAGCCUUGUACCAUCCACUGCCGAGGGCAAGCCUAUCCCCGUUGACGACUCGACUGCACAGCACCGUACAUCUGCCCUGAGAGAGCUCAACAACAAUUUCCCAAGUCGGCAUCGCUACGCUAAAUCAUCUGGAGCUCAGAGUAGUACUUAUUCGGAACCAGUCAUCGUUCGCAGUUACUACUCCCCCGUGCCGAACCGCCCUGCCAAUAACUUCCAUAAUCCUAGUUCUGGAACUAUCCCUCCACGCGGGGGCUCUACCACUUCAGAAAGAUCAGUCCUACCAUUUGCAGCAAUUUCAUCAGCCGGGACUGGGAUGUUGAGUCGAAUGGUCCGCGCUCGCGAGAGCAAGCUCGCCAUAGAUGCUCAUAGCGAGGCGAGGCUUCCACCCGUAGACGCGUUCAGUUUCAAGAACUUCAUCUCCAAUAUCGAACCUCAAGAAGGGCGAUCCGACAUCAAUGCCGAUUUGGAUCGCAUCGCAGAGAUCUGUGCCAAGUCGAGGUAUUCUCUCAGCAACCAGUAUGAGGUUCAUUACGCCCCACAUGGUUCAGGCUCUUCUUUUCUUGAAGGUCCUGGUUCUGGUCAAGAUACUCAGGGCCCAACACUUCAAGUUGUGUCAGCCGAUGACGAACAGAAUAUGAAACGAAAUCGCAGAAGGCGGCAUGGCGCGCGUCCCAGCAGCCGGGCCAUGGGAACUUUAGAAACAAUCAUAUCAUCCAGCCGAUCGUCCGAUGACGAGGUAUCCAAGAAGAAGUCGGCUGCUGAGCUGGCCAACCAGGUUCGUGGCCGGACCGCUAGAAGGGAGUCCGAAACCACAACACCAACCAGUUCUAUGCAUAGCGACGCAUUUGAGAACCGUGGUCAAGACGACAAAGGGCCAAAAAGCACAAUGCAGCGAAAAAAGUCAAUGUCUCUGGCCCUUAUAGAUGGCACAGGUCAAAGCUCAGCACCAAUGGACUCGUCUUCUCCCCGAAACUCUUCGGGUGCUCUAAUUAGCGAGCCUGCCCUCCCCCAGGCCUCAACUAGCCAGCUUGAAAUUCGCACCGGUCCUGAAGGCUCGGCUUCGGGACCAGGCUCUCAGCGCGACCGGCAAUGUUUGCUUUCUGGCCAGCAGAGUAUUGGGAGACUUGUGGCCGCCAAGGGGGCAGUAUCGCACCUUGACCAAGAACCCAGCCUAUUGACUUCUUUUGGGAACUGGAUCCCUUGGAAGUCAUCUGACGCCUCAAGCAAGUCCUCGGGGCGCGCCGAGGGAAGCCUCCGAAGCAUUCUCCGUAAUACGGAUGUUAAAGGCAAGGCUAAUGAGAAUUCUUUUUGA